AUGGUGCUGUCGCUUUUAGAAAAAAGGGGGGAGCUGGACUCUUCCCAGCAAGUGUUAGAUUCAUGCAGCUGGGAUUCACUCACCUCGGCACUAUGUCAGCGUGCCAUGAACAACCAGAAAGCCGCGGAACUUAAGACGUGGGGUUUGAUACUUGGAGCCCUUAAGGCGGCUAAGGGGGAGGGUAAGCUUAGGGCAGAAAAGGAGGGGGGAGGGGCCGCGGGGAGCGGGACUUUGGAAUCUUGCAGGUCCGACGAACAAAGGACGGCGAGCGGGAUGGUGAACGGGGGCGGAGACAUGAAGGAAGGGGAACCGCUGGAUCUGCCAUGUGACCCAACGGCUCUGCCUCCGCCCUACCCUAGGCGGCAGUUAUAUCCUUCUUUGGAAAAGUUAGCUCAGACAGAACCGCCCACAGAGGGAAGCGCGAAAGACAGGAGUCAGGUUACAGACUGGGUAAAGAUUAAGGAGGAGGUAGAAGAGAGGGGUCUCACGAAACUGGUUGCGCUUCCGGUCGUGGUAUUGGAGGAGGGAGGACCGAUUUGGGUUCCGUUGGACCCGAAAGGGGUAGCGAGGGUGAUCGAGGCGAUAGAAAAGAAGGGGUUGAAAUCCCCCCUGACAAUGAAUGCCCUUGAAACUCUUACUGUGCAAGGACCCCUGUUACCAUACGACAUUGAGAAUCUAAUGCGCAUGGUGUUGAAACCAGUACAGUACACGCUGUGGAAGGAGGAGUGGCAAGCGCGGCUUAGGCAGAUGUUAGUGACAGCGCAGAAUGAUCAGGGGAACCCAUUAAACGCGUCCAACAUUCAGAGAUUAAUGGGUAGCGCACCAGGUAUGCUAACUGCCCAGGCUCAGGUUACCCAACUGAGACCCGGGGAGCUGAUAGCUACAUCUGAUGCCGCUUUAGAGGCGUUUAGGAGGCUCGCAAAGAAUGCAGAGCCCUCUACCCCGUGGACAGAGAUUACGCAGGGCCCCACGGAGUCAUUCCAGGAUUUUGCGGAUAGAUUAAUUAAAGCAGUAGAGGGGUCAGACCUACCCAGAGCGGUCCACGGUCCUGUUAUCUUGGACUGCUUGUAUCAGAAAUCGAGUGGGGAUAUACGAGUCUUGCUGAGAGUGGCCUCAGAAAAGUUUCAUACCCCUGGUGAGGUCAUCAAAUAUGUACUGGACAAGCAGAAAUCACACUCGUCUGUGGCAGGUGAGGUUGCCGCCGCAGUGGCAGGAGUGCUGGUGGCACACGGAGAGGUUGGCCGCCAGAUUGGAGAUUGGCCACUAGGACCAUGUUUUAGGUGCGGUCAGCUGGGUCAUAUCAAGGCCCAGUGCAGGAGCAACACAGGGGGAUGGCAGCAUUGUAAAUGUACGGCAGUUUGGGACUUUUAUGGGUAUGGGUUCUCUUUCAAAAGGGGUGCCAACGAGGUGCUAUGGAAUAACAAAACGGCCAAGGCGUUGCCCCCUGGAAUCUUCUUGAUUUGUGGAGAUAGAGCCUAGCAGGGCAUCCCGCACAAUGCCUUAGGGGGACCCUGUUACCUAGGGGAGCUGACGUUACUGUCUCUGAAUUUCACGACAUGGAUGCAAUAUGGUCCGAACGUGACAAGCCAUCGUGUUAAACGGUCAAGCCCUGUUCCGGAGAGCUGCAAUGACGAGGUAGAGUUGUGGAGUGCCACAGCACGGAUAUUCGCAUCGUUUUUCGCCCCUGGGGUUGCCGCAGCACAGAGCUUGGCUCAGAUUGAACGCCUAGCAUGUUGGUCGGUUAAGCAGGCGAAUUUAACGACAUUAGUACUGAAUGCGAUGUUAGAGGACACGAACAGCAUUCGACAUGCAGUGCUGCAAAAUAGAGCGGCCAUCGAUUUCUUGCUCCUGGCACAGGGGCAUGGGUGUGAGGACCUAGAAGGAAUGUGUUGCUUCAAUCUUAGCGACCACAGUGUAUCCAUCCAUAAAGCGCUGAAAGCCCUGCAAGACCACUCAAAUAAGAUCCAAGUGGAAGACGAUCCCAUCAGGGACUGGCUUAAAGGCGUGUUUGGCAGCUUUGGAGGGUGGGUUGCGAAGAUUAUUAGGGUAGUUGCGCUAGUAUUGCUUGUAAUAAUUGGUAUUGCGGCCAUUUUGCCAUGCAUAAUCAUGUGCUUCCAGAAUUGCCUCUCAAGAAUUAUGUGGCAAGUUAUGGAUCAGCGGAUACAGUAUCACAAGGUGAAGGAUCAGCUAUGAAGUUUGCGUUCGUGCUGUGACGGGUUAGUAGCUUUUGAGCAUAGGGAGGGGGAGAUGUAGUAGGCGUGGCGAGGAAACGGAAUGUGACGGGGUCAGGUUCCCUAUGCUCUGAGCUUGCCAGGUGAUGCCCUGUGAUAGGACAGCAAGCAUGCAAG